UGGGAACAAAUGACCUUGAAGCAACGCUACCUACGUAAAAUGGAAGAAUCUAUCUCUCUCUGAUCUACAAUAAACUCCAAUUACUUGGUAUUUUUUUGCCGAACUAUACCAGUUUAAUAAGAUUGUCUAUUGCCAAACAUAUUGUAUCGAUAGUUCGAUAUUUAAUAUCAUUUUUUUAUUGUUAAUAAUUAUUUAAGUUUAUUCAAUUUAUUCUUAUAUCGUGUAUAUUUACUUGGCACUCUUUUUUGAAGAAGAAUAACGACCUUGGAACUCUUGAGGGAUAAGAUAGAGCGUCUGGGAUCAGGAAAUAUCAAAGGAGAAAAUCAAAGAUAAAUGUCAUAUUUGGAGAUAACUGCAGUUCUAUAUUAUUGUUGGACAUAAAGGUGUUUACAACAAUCUGGGAUAUAGCAAUAAAUAAAAAGGAAGUUAUACUGUGUAAUUGAGUGGACGUAUAUGUCUAAUAUAUAUUUUCUGAAAAAUUGUUCUUCUAAAUUUUGUAAAGAUGACAAAAUAUAUUAAUAACGAUGUUUGUUAUUUGCAUAAUUGCGUGUUAUGCCAAAAGCAAAGAAAAAAUCUUACCUUAAAAAGGUAAGGGAAAUGCGAGAGUAUAGACGACAAAAACUAAUGUCUGAAACAGCGGAGGAACGUGCUUUGAGAUUAUAUACAUCAGCUGAAAGAAUGAAGAACGCCAGAGCUAAAGAAACAGAAGAACAAGCUGCGUUAAGGAGAAUGCAAGAAGCUCAGAGAAUGGCCAGGCAUCGUGCUAAGAAGAAGCGUUGUCUUGAUGAAAAUCUAGCUAGAGAGAUAUCCAAGAUUGCUGAACUCUCUAAAAUGCCAGAUGCAGCGACCAUUGCUCAAAUGUCUGAAAUGAAUAUGAAUAAAAUAUCUGCUGAAUUGAAGCAAAUGAUGGAAAGAGGUAAAGUUCCCGAACACAUAGUACAGAUGGCUCAACUUGCUGAAUUUAGUAAAAUGACUGAAUUAAACAAAAUGUCACAAGAUAUGGCUAAGAGAUACGAAAUGGAGAAGAUGGCGGAAUACGCCAAAGCAACGGAGUAUGUAAAAAUGCAAGAAAUAGCCAAAAUGAACGAAAUGGUUAAAUUGUCAGAAAUGGCUAAGUACAAUGAUAUUACAAAGAUAAAUGAAAUAGCCAAGAUGAAUGAAAUGAUUAAAAUGUCACAAAUGGUAAAAAUAAAUGAAGCGCAAAGAAUGAACGAAAUAGCCAAGUUAAACGAAAUGGUUAAAAUGUCAGAAAUGGCUAAGUACAAUAAUGACUUAACAAAACUCAAUGAAAUCGCACAAAUUAAUGAAAUGGCUAAAGAAAUAGCAAAGAUGAAUGAAAAAACUAAAAUGAAUGAAAUGAUGAAAAUGGCUAAUAUACAAAACGAUAUAGCCAAAAUACCGGAGUACUCGAAGAUAGCCGAAAUGGCCAAAUUAACGGAGUUAGCUAAACUUAAUGAAAUAACAAUAACAAAAUUAAAUGAUCCACCACCUCCGCCACCUCCACCAAAAGUUGCUGAAAUUCCAAGAAUUCCUGAACCUGUGAUUACUGUGCCAAAUCCAAGGAAUUUGCAAAAUGUUCAAACUGUUCAAGUAGCACAGGCUAGUCCAUCUAGUACGAUAAACUUUCCGUCUGUGCCUGGCCAGGGUAAAUAUGCCCAAUUACUGGUUAUUAUUGAAGAACUUGGUAGAGACAUUCGCCUCUCGUAUGCAGGAAGUCGUAGUGCCGCGGAACGUCUGAAAAUGGGUAUACAACAUGCAAGGAUUCUAGUACGUGAAUGUUUGUUAGAAACUGAACAUAAUGCGCGACAAUGAUCUGUCAAUGAACUUAGCUGUUAGAUUUUCAUCAGAUUAUUUUUUAAGGUGAUAAUAUGUAUAAUCCAUUUAAGGCAGCAGAUUAUUGAUUUUGUUCAAACAAAAAGAAGGAGGUUUAUACAAGUCACAAAUAAUAUAUCUGCUGCUAUGUAUAUUAUGCCAUCUUGCCGAUAUAAGCUUAGUACCACUUUGACAAUGAAUCAAAAUGCAUUGUAAUGAACUGCUUGUUUCAAAAUAUUAUGCAAUCUGAUAAAUACUUAUAAUGUAUUUGGUAUAUUAGAUUGUCAAAGAAAAGAACUUUUGAGACGGUGAUAUAUUUAAGGCUUAUAGUAUAUAUAUAAUAUUAUUAAUGUUAAUUUGAUUAUUUCUUGAUUUAACUGUAAGUAUAUAACGUAACGAUCUUCAAUCGUUUAGUCAUAGUUUAGUUAUGAAAUUAAAUAAAAGAUAGGACGAAUUUUUAAAUCAGGGGAAAUUUAAAGGUUGUUUUAUUUUAUACAAAAAAAAUGUUUUACGUUUUUUGCUGUUUGGGUCUGGUAAAAUAGAAAUUUAUAAAUAAUCUUUAGAUUUGAUUAAAUUCUCGAAUGUAGAAAAUAGUCUAUAACAAACUAGAAAUGAUGUGUAAACUGAAGAGUCUUCUCACUUAUAUUUUAUAUAUAAAAAAUAUUUUAUUGCAAUUUUGGUUAAUAUAACGGGUAAUAAACGAUAAUUACCUAAUAGUAUACGUACGAGAAGAAAAUUGAAGAAACAAAAAUGUACCUACGAGAAAUAUAAUCCUUGGACAUAAAUAUGAGGUAUUGCUCAAUAAAGUCUCAGUUUUUUUUAAAUGUC